CAUGCCUCCUCCGUAAUUUCACCAGAGCCUGAAACUGAAUCUAUACGAAGAGUCAUGCUAUACCACGUUUUCAUAUUCUAAAGAUAUUCGUGGCUGUUUUGCUAUUCAACACGUGCUGUAUCGUUUCCCUAUACCCCCUGGAUCUUGGAUUAUUCUUCCCGGCAAUAGGUGGUGCUUCCUUAAUUUUGAAAGUGCUGUAUUUGCUUGGGCAGUGGAUAUAGGCAGCCGAAGUAAAGAAAACAUCAGUUUUCUCGCUCAACUGUAUUUUGUUGUGUAGCCGGAGAACACAAGGACACUAAGUGAAACAUCGCAUAUAUGUAUCGGAACUAUCUUAGAGGAACCGACCAGACCUUCUCCGAGAGUAGCUCUGGCUCCGGAUCCAAUCCAACUACGGGAACGAGCACUGCCACCACGCAGCAGCAACAGAAGUUCUCUGUGGCAGGACCCAGUCACUUUGUGCCCAGCCUCAAUGCAAUCACCUCCAGUCAGGAUCUACAGUGGCUGGUACAGCCCUCAAUCAUUGGCCCUCCAGGCCCCUCAAGACCCCUGCGCCCCCCUUACCCCAUGCUACCUGGCGCCCAGUCCAUGGGGGGCUUCCGUCCCCCUCAGGGCCAGUUUCUCCGCCCAGGGGUUAUACGAGCCCCUACCGGGUCAGGGCACUCCACGAGACGCCGUAAUGAUGAACACUUAACCCUGGAGGAGCAACAACGGCGAAGAGUUAGGAGGGAGCGAAACAAAAUGGCUGCUGCUAAAUGUAGAAACCGCAGAAAGGAACUGACUGAUACCCUUCAAAUUGAGACUGACGAGUUGGAGGAGAAGAAGUCCACCCUACAGAAGGAGGUUGCCAAUCUGCAGAAAGAAAAAGAGAAGCUUCAACUGGUUCUCGAGGCCCAUCGCCCCAUCUGCAAGACCCAGGAUUCAGACUCCGACUCUGACUGCCGUCCUGAACUUCCUUUUCUUGGAGACAUCAAGAUUGAGCCGGCUGACACUGAUCUACCGCGACCUUCGACCUCAGCCCAGGCAAAAGCAGAAAAACCCAAGCCGAAAAUCAUCAUCCCACCUCCAUCUGCCGUUGGCUCUUCGUCUGCCAUCCAUGCCGAAUCCGAAGCUCUUCACACACCUGUGCUCCUAUCCACGCCGUUGUUCACACCGUUCACAGCCAGCAUGGUCUUCACCUACCCAUCAGAUACGAGCCACUCGGUGGCCGCACAGAACCUCAGCCUUCCUGGUCCUUCGUCUUCCACUCAUCAGAGCACCACCUAUGCCUCUAGGAAACAUGAGCCUUGUGGUAUAGCCCAUCGUCGUAGCAGCAGCAGUGGUGACCAGUCAGAUCACUCGCUCAACUCUCCAACCAUCCUGACCUUGUGAUGUUCUCAAGCUUUCCUGUAAUGACUAAAGAACAUGGACAGAAUUUGAUGCAUAUGAUAAAGAUAAUGAAAAUGAAAAAAUGAUUAGUCUAGAAAAUGACGAGGUGGCAACUGAAAGUGUUUUAAAUCAAAACAUUUCAACUAAUGAAGACGAAGAAACAGUGCUUCGGCCCCAUACUUAUGAAAUCAUUUAGUAAUAACUGUUCCACAUGCAGUAUAUACUAACAUUUGUCCUUUUACAGGUUCAAAACUAUACAACUCUUUAUUCAUAAUAUACAUUAUAUAUUAUAGCUUUAUUUAAUUAAUCCCAGUAGAACUAUGGGAUGACCUCAUUGAAUUACACUUAUCGAGCUUCCAAUAACAUUAUCAAAUUGAAAGAUGUUUGUUUGUUGGUUUGUUUUCCAUGAAUGGCGUUUGUGAGUAUGUUUUAACUGUUAUGUGUUUUAAAGUAAGAUGCAUGUUCUAUUUUCAAAGAAGAAACAAUGUGUUAAUUCAGAAUAGCUGAACAUGAUGUGGGAGGAUUUAUGCUAGCUUCUCUUUAACAUUUAUCGUAGCCUAUACACAUCAUUUAUACUAAAAAUCGAUUUCAUUCUUACAUUGACAUAUGUAGCAGACCUGUGGAAUGCUGCAUAUUUCAUAUAAAUGUAUGAUCACUAUGCACUUCAAAUUACUUUCUGAGUGUUACACUAUUUUGUAAGGUGUGCUAUUACAUCUGAGAUGUUGAACUAUAAAGGUAAUAUAUGCAACUAUGGCAGAGACACAACCACGGCUGGGCCAUAGGGGUACGUCUAGAUAUUUAUUUUGAAAAAGAAACAUAUAAUAUUUUUGUAAGAGUUGUCUGUUACCAGUCUGUAAUAACAAGGGUCUUCUGUGUUUGGGAAUACUACAUGUUUUCACUGAUGAAAUAAAAAUAGUGACUCAU